AUGAUAAUACUACAAACAAUCAAACUUAUUGUGUUAGCAUUAAAGCUGCUGCCAAAGCGGUUUACGCAUAGAAAUGUGUUAUUUAUGAUAUACCUGGUCACCCUGGUCACACACGUGAUGAUGGAUGAACCAAGAUUUGCUCAACCCAUCCCCAACGUAACCGUUGCCGUAGGGCGAGACGCAAACCUUCCCUGUGUGGUGGAGCACUUAGGAACGUACAAGGUCGCGUGGAUACACAUCGAUCGCCAGAUGAUUCUCACGAUACACCGCCAUGUAAUAUCGCGCAUUCCUCGGUACAGUGUAACGUACGAUAACUCCAACACAUGGCUUCUUCACGUCAGCCAGGCCCAGCAGGACGACCGGGGCUACUACAUGUGCCAAGUGAACACAAAUCCCAUGAUUAGCCAAGUCGGAUACUUGCAAGUUGUUGUGCCUCCCAACAUCCUGGACAUCGAGAGCACUCCGUCGUCGGUGGCCGUGCGAGAAAAUCAAAAUAUCAACAUGACGUGCCGUGCCGAUGGGUUCCCCACGCCCAAGAUCAUCUGGCGCCGCGAAGACGGCCAGAGCAUCACGGUGGAGCGGAAGAAGAAAGUGAUGGUAUACGAUGGUGAGGUGCUCCAUCUGACGAAAGUAAGCCGCAACGAAAUGGGCGCUUAUCUCUGCAUCGCCACUAAUGGUGUGCCACCGUCGGUGUCUAAGCGGAUUAUCCUUGAUGUUGAGUUCUCGCCGAUGAUAUGGGUUCCGAAUCAAUUAGUUGGGGCGCCUCUUUCCACCGACGUCACGAUCGACUGCCACACCGAGGCACAUCCUAGGGCCAUCAUUUACUGGGUGUACAACGCCGUGAUGGUGCUGCCGAGCAAAAAGUACAUCAUCGAUUACAACGAAAACUCCUAUCGGGCGCACAUGAAGCUAACUAUCAAAGGCUUAUCGAUGGGUGAUUUCGGAAACUAUCGCUGCAUAUCGAAAAAUUCGCUCGGUGAAACGGAGGGCUCCAUCCGGGUGUACGAAAUUCCACUUCCAUCGACACCAUCGAAGCAAAUUACUCACGUGAUGGAACCGAAGGAAACAGUCCCGGUCGUGGUGUCACGUAAUGAAACCAUUAAGGUCACCCAACCCGAUGUCCUGUUUCCGAUGAAGAACGACGACUACGCGCAACGCUCCCCGAACGGUAUCCCGUUCGAGCGCAAGGGAUCGCACCCCAUCGGCCAAAGUUUCUCCUACACCGACAUGCCACCGAAGGAGUUCGGUGUGUCCAAUGAUGUCCGACGGUGCUGCUGGACGUUCUCGCUGCUCUCGCUAAUUGCUGUGCCAUCUACGAUGCAGGCUCUGUACCAUUGUAGCGCAAGUAGGCUGUUGCUGUAAUUUCUACUUCCACAAUCUGCUCUAAGGACACCCUGCUUGCGCCCUGUGCGCCUCGCCCAGUUGCCGUUACCACACGCCAGGAUGCACCGAAGAUGAACCGGGCCAUCCCCCCCCCCGGGGGUUGCUCAUCAUUUGCUCAUAUCUCUCUAGCCCCGCGCGGUGUGGUGAAACAUAUCUUAACGCUAGACGAUGUAACACGAAUAAUCAUCUUAUCGGUUGAGUAAGGCUGAGAUAGUGUGUAAAAAUCAGGUAAUAAAGAAAAUCCGCUUAAAAGGGUACGGUGCGAAGUGAAUGCCAACAGUAGGUACUGGCUUCGGCAAUAGUUUCGGCUGCGUUACGCGUUUCUGAUUGUACCAUAUUGUCGCAAAAGCAAGGCGAGCAAGGAGUGAUCAUUAGUACUUCCAGUGUUUCUAUGAUUCUAUAUUUUAUUUUGCGUUCCUCGUGCACGGUCGAUAGUCUUAUGACAAUGGAACGGAAUAUGCUUGACGCGCUUGAGUGUAAUUUUGAAACCAUUAUUCCUAGCCUGCAGUUUGUUUCGAUCGACCCGAUUCGCCAGAUCACCAGAAAUUAUAGGACACCCGUUGUAUCAUAGCGCA